AAGUGUUUGCAGCUUGGUCGUGCAGCAUGCUAGAUCCUGAGGGCAGUGUGGAGCACAAGCCUUCCUCUUCCUUCCCUAAAGUUUUUCUCAUUCCUCUAGCCAUGCUCCUUGCAAUUACAGCACUCCUGCUCUUAGCAUUUUCCACCACUCAGCAGAAAGAGACUGAUUUUUACACUUUUAAAGUUGUAAAUAUCAGGGGCAAACUAGUAUCUCUGGAGAAAUACAGGGGCUCGGUGUCAUUAGUUGUCAACGUUGCAAGUGAAUGUGGGUUUACAGAUAGUCACUACAAGGCCUUACAACAGUUACAGAAAGACCUCGGCCCAUAUCAUUUCAACGUGCUGGCAUUCCCAUGCAAUCAGUUUGGGCAGCAAGAACCAGACACCAACAAAGAAAUAGAGAGUUUUGCACGAAAGACUUACGGUGCCUCCUUUCCUAUGUUCAGCAAAGUUGCAGUCAGUGGAGCUGGUGCAAUUCCUGCCUUCAAGUACUUAAUUGAUUCUACAGGAGAAGAACCAACCUGGAACUUCUGGAAAUACUUGGUAGACCCCAAUGGGAAAGUAGUAAAGGCCUGGGACUCUACUGUCUCUGUUGAAGAAAUAAGACCUCAUAUUACAGAACUUGUGAGGAAAAUCAUCCUGAAGAAAAAAGAUGAAUUAUGACUUUCAAAAUCACAGCAGGUCAAUUACAUCUUUAUUGAGAAUUAGGAAUGCGCUCUGUCUUUUCACAUUCCAAAAGAGAGAAUAUGCAGAAGAGAAAACAUGACCAGUUGAAUUGAUAUUCACCACCUUCAGAAUGCAAAAAACAGAAAUUUAAAAUUUAAUCACUUUUUAAUUUCAUUAUUGCUAUCCCCAAAUAUUUUCUAUUUGGCCCUUCCAAGAAAGAAGGUUGCAUCAGCAACUUUUUGAUUCCCAAUUCAAAUUACUGCCAGUUUGUAACACUACACAAAGCCAGUUAACAUACCUCUAGCAAACAGGCUCACAGUAACAAGAAUUUCCCAGCUGGAAUAUUUCUCAAAUCUAAAAUUCUGUUGUCAUAUUUUGAUCACUAUCUAAAUGAAAAAGAAUAAAAAGUGUGUGAGUGAUUUAAGGCAUGUGUUAGGAAGAGGACAAAAAAUAGAUAUGUCUCGUCCAAACCAACUUCACUGUAUGUUUUUCUAAUUAUGAAGGUCAAACAUUUCACUGGAAGGUCAGUUGUCAAGGGCCUGAGGAAAACACAUCCAUGAAACUUAAAAGUAACAGAAUACAAAGCCUCUGUAAAAACUCUCCAAAAGCUGUAAGAUCUCAGCAUUUUUUCAUCCAAUAAGGAUUAUCAGAUAACAUAAAAAGCCAUCGGAACAUCUGGAGGACGAGAGCCUAUCUGGGAUGGCAGUUGCUUUCUUUUAGCAGCACUGUGGCUUAGAAGACUUACUCUCACCUCCAAUAAUUGAUUCUAAGUUUAUUUUGGAAUUUAUAACACCAUCUGAUUCGGCUGCACGUACAAACACUAGAGAAUUAGCAUUUUCCUAUGAAGCACAUUUUCCAAACAUUUGACUGUUGCAUAAUGCUAUAUUAUUCAAUGUUGCAAAUGUUUAGUUGUACCCUUGUUUCAAAGGUAGCACUCAGGCACCUAUUCAAACUUCACACUGCAGAGGUUAUUAGUGCAUACUGAAAUAAUAACAAUAAUAAUUACAGCCCAUUGUUCUCUGACAGAAAUCCACUGAAAAUCUUGUCAGCAAGAACUCUUUUCAUCAAUAAAAACACAAUGUACAGGUCCUUUGCUUUUAAACUCAGGAAGAAGCCGGUCUUGUCCAAUGGCAGCGCUAUUGAUAAUUGAAAGCCUUUUUGGUGCUUUGUAAUGCUUUUUAAAGUAGCAAAAACAGUAUUUGUCCAUGCAGUUGUCAGGGCUCGAGUACAUAAAUAAGCCUUAAUUGCUCUGGCCAUGGUACGAACUUAUAAUGGCAUGAUGAGCUGGAAUAGCUCUUCAGCAUGCAAACAGUCUUCAGCUGAAAUCAAAGGCAAGCAUUACGGCAUGCACUGGCUUGCAGAAAAAAAAAAGGGGGAAAAUGGAGUACUGAAGAACUAUUGGAAAUAAAAGAAUUGAUCUCAGAGUCCAUUACAAUCCCAUGCUUUAACAGCUGCUCACUUCUGAGGUCUUGGACACAUGACAUAGCCUGGCCUAAGGAAGAAAAAGGCUGGAGAUGUUUUACGGUUUGAAGAAUGGCUCUGAGGGGCAGAGAUUGUACAGUACAAAGCAAGCUGAAUUUCCCUGAAAGAAUGCAAGGGUCAGGUGUGGGGGUUUUAAUUUUUAGUUGGGGGUGGUAGGAAAAAAAAAAAAGAUGUGAGAAAACAAAAGGAAGAAGUAACAGAAGUACAAAAGAGAAAAAAAAAAAAAAAAAGGAGAUCACGUAAGAAAGAAAAAAUGGGAAAGAAAUGAAAAGACAGUUUGUAAUCAAAGAUUCUUUGGGAAAAAUGGAGGAUGGAAACGUUCAGUUAUAUUGAAACUAAUGAGCAUACUCCAAGCUAUAUCAGCUAAUUCUCUCUUGGAGCAUAGCUUCAGAACAGGAAAUCGCUGCAAGUGGCAGUGAACAUGUCUCUAUUUUCCUCUGAUGGAGAGGAAAGUGGAUGCCACCAUCCAUUCAGUCAUUCAGUCUAUGCUUACAUCAAUCACUCAGGACAGCUGCUACAAAGUAAAGUGACAAGAGCAGAAUCAGACUAGGCCAGCAGUGUGCUGGGACAAAGAACCCAACUAUUAGGAAAGGAGCUCUUAUGAUUAUAGUUAUUUAUCUUUUCUGUCCACUUAUGCCAACACAGUGCUCUAACACGCUGUUAGCAGAAAGCAAGAACCAGAAGUAUUUUCCAUAGAACAGAUGUUUCUAUUAGCUGAAGCCCUGAUGAGCUCAGAUUGUGCUUUGCAAGACAUUUUAAGCCCUCUUUAUUUCGAUUCACGAUGUCCAACCUGUGGAAAGUGAAAGUAUUGUUUCUGCAUUGAACAUUGAAAAGGGCAAUUGAUCUAAAGAAUUAACCUGUAACAUAUCCUUAGAAAUAGCUGAUGUGGAAAGUAAGAAUACCAUAUACAUGUUAGUAACAUAUUUUAGAAACACAGUUACCGAAUUACCUAACAAAUACUUUCUCACAAAGCUGCAAUAGAUUCUGAAUGUUCUAAUCGAUGUGGGUAUAGUAUUCUGAACUAGGAAAUAUAUUGUAAGGUCAUUCAUUAGACUGGCAGAAGCAAAAUACAUUUAAUAAACAUUCAAGGAGUCAGGGUCUUUACACAAAGCAGAACUGUCCCACCUUGUGGGAAUGUUAGGAUGCCAUAGACAGGCUCCAAGAUACUGCCCUCUAUCCUCAUUCCGAGCUUAUCUCUAGGCAAGGACAGAUGAAUGACCAGAACAAUGACCCAGUGUGAAAGGGCACAAAUGUUAGGGGGUAAUUAAACGAUUGAGGCUAUGCCUAUUUUUACGUUGUAAAACUGACAUCUGAAAAGUUACAACCAAACAUUUGUUAAGAAAGCAAUUGUUAGAAGUCAAUUAAACAAUUAAGACAUUUGUGUUUGGGCGGCAAAGAUUUGUGUCUACUUGGUGUUUGCAUGAUUGGUGAAGCGUCAGGAAAGAGUGUGAACCUGCAGUACUCAGCCAAUGUGGAACCAGGGGAGAAAGAGAUCAGCGGUGGGCAACAGGGGAUAAAAGAUGGAACACUGUUUUCCGGAGGCUCUCCUGCUUGCAGGAGGCCUGCCAUUGCAACUGCAAAUAAAAUCUGCUUUAUCAGAGAAACUGUCCUAGAAAAUCAUUUGGAUAUUUCCAACAAACUUCAAAUAGACAGCUGGGCUUAAGUGUGGUCUUGCAUUCCCUAUACUGUAAUAUAUAUAGUACUGAAAGCCUAAAAAGAUGUCAUGUCAAUGACCAGUUGGAAAGAGUUCAUUCUACAUGGACAAAUAAUCUCUUUAAAGAAGAGAUUAAAGGCAUUACAAAGCAAGGGAAGAAAAGCUUUCCCUCAUCAAUAACACUGCAAUUGGACAGGACUAGAUUCUUCUUAAAGCAUCCUAGGGUUAAGAGCAGGGGACCUGUACAUUGUGUUUUUGCUGAGGUAAAAAUAACUUUUGCUGACAAGAUUUUCAAAGGGUUUCUGUCAAAGAACAGUGAGGCUGUAAUUGUUGAUGUUAUUUCAGUAGGAGCUAAGAAAUUCUGCAGUGUGAAGUCUGAGCAGACACCUGAGUGUUAUGAACAAUAUGGGGUUGGUGCUGUUCUUAACAAAUUGCCAAUUUAAAGAGAAUUAUAUUACAAAUGCAGGCUUUGAAAUGUGAACAGGUACAUGGCUUUCAGCACACGAAUACUCUCUCUGAAGUUAGCAAACAUUUUAUGAUUGAGCACGUGGCAUGUAUUCCACCUGGAAUUCUAGCCUGCAGAACAAAUGUUUUGGUCUUUUAAUGAAAGCUACAGAGGAAAAGUAAAUAUUCUUGGCUGCAGAUUAGUUUACAUCUAGUUCUUCAUGACUACCUGCUCCAAAAAAAAAUUGCAAACAAAAUUGUGCUGGCGUGUUGAGACUACUUGUCAUCAUGCAGAGAUCUGAAAUUACUUUUUUCCUCCAGCAGGUCCUGAAAACUGUACAGCAGCACUGAAUUUAUAGCAUGAGACUAGCUGCUUUGCAGCCUGUCUGCUUUACAGAGAAAAUAGGAGUUUGCCUUAACAGAUAAGCAUUGAUGCAUGGAGAGAGAUUAUGUUGAUAACUUAAGACUUGAUCUCCUACAGCUUGCAAAUCUGAAGGUGUAAACUCUUUGCAAGCCAAUUUAAAUGUUAAACUAACCACAUAGACUCAUGACUGUGCUCAGUCACAUAUCCCCCAGGGCAUGCCAGAGAAGAAAGAAGUCACUUGAAGGCCUAGGUAUGAUAUUAAAAAUCAGACAAGACCAUUUCAAAGUUCCAGAAGUUUGUCUCACAAAGCACGGAAAAUCAGGCCUGCAUAUAUUCCAAACAGUUAUGAAAUGGAAUAUAUUACAUUGAAACAAAACAAUGGAGCAGAGCAUUAUAAUGAGAUCAACACUAAGCAGCCUAGUUACCCUUGUAUCUACCUCUGGUAUUUUUGUUAUACGCUAAUGAUGUUUCACUCAAGUUAUUCUGGUCUGAAAUACCAUUAGCAAACCAAAAAAUUUCUCUCUUGAAUGGUACCAAGUUCAUCGUUAGAAACAAAUUAGCAUCCACUUCAAUAACUAGCUGAACAUAGUACUUUUCAAAGACUAGAAAGCCAUAUGAUUAAGCAAAAGCAAAUUUUACUCUAUCUUCAAUUCUUGAAUCAACCAAUGGCAAUUGGACAGAUCAAUACAAUGGGAAAAGGGUGUUUCACCAGAGGGGAAUUGACAGAAGGACAAGCACAAUAGAAAGGUGCUAUAAGGGAAGGGAAGAAGAUUGCUCACCUGUAUCACAAGAUUCCAGGUUUGCAGGAGAAAGCUCCACCAAAGAUCCCUCCCCAGAUGCAGUCAGCCCUUAAACGAGGUCUCAGAGAUUUGCAGCCAGGCUCCACCCAUUCCGGUCUCACAGCUGAAUUGCCUUCACCUGUGCAUCCAAGGCUGACCAGGUCCAUUCCCCAGGUGCUCAAUCAGUGGCUUAGGCUGUGACUCAGCAGUUCCCACACACAACCAAAUAUGCAUGUAAAUGUAUACUGCAGCUAUUCAUAGAGCCAAAUGAAACUUAACAAGCUUAUGUCUGACUCAUUCGUGGAAGGAGUUGAGUUAGCAGACAAAUCAGGUGCUCUCUGUGACACAGUAUUAAUACACUCUGGAGUAAAAACAUCACUGGCAAAACAGGAAAGAGCUUGCAAACACACUGAUGGAAGAGGCGCUAAAAACACAGAUCUAAAAACUAAUUCUGAACCACACUAAAGCUACACAGCAGACACACGUGGAAUGGAAGGAAAUCCUUGAACUACAUCUUAAAGUUUACCAUUCAGUGAAGACUGUAUGAACUAAUACUACAUAGCUGACUCACCCAUCUAGCCAGCUCACAAACAUAGUGCUGCCUAUAGCGUAGGAUCAGCAAUAACAAAAUUCAACUCCACUUCUCAUCUUUUACAUCAUUUAUGCCAGCUUUGAAGCAGAAAGGUAGAGGCAACAGUGGGGAGCUGCCUAGUGAUAAUGGCUAACAUUUGCCAGCUGUCUCUACCCUGGAGCUGAAGCUAGAACCAAGUAACUUUCCUUUCUUAGCCUAGAAAACUUGACCCAAACUGUCAAUCUACAGACUUAGGAAAGGCAUGGUGUUAUAUCUCAGAGCACUGCAAGAUAUCGUGUUUGACAAGAACAACUUUCAAACUAAAGCUAGAAAAUGAAAGCAGUUGCAGGAUUACUGUAUUUUAAAUAAGCAGAUUUGUAUUCUGAAAGGUAGGGAUAGCAUGAGAGUUCUGAGAUGAAGCUGCCUACACAGACUCUUUUCUCUCUGUUCAGAAAUAGCAGCAUCAACAGAACCAGGGCCAGAUUCUUUCCUAAGCACGAAUUGAUGGAGUUAGAACAGUAAAAGAACUAAUGUUCUGUAGUGAUAGGAAAGUACAAUUUUUAGGAGAACUAACUUCUGUAAGAUCUGCUAUAUAAAUGGAAUACAAGAGACAGAAAUUAGAGAAAUAUUACCUUCAUGGAGCUGCAGUUUUAGUUUUCUUGAAUUAAAGACAGUGAGAAAGCUAUUACUAGAUUAGAUCAAAUAGUCCUAUGUCUUUUUUCCCCUUUCUCUAAAAGCACAGCUGUUUCAUCAUAAUUGUGUUCAUCUGAAUUGUGAUACCACUGUAUUUCUAAUCAAGUAAACACAUGAAUCCAACAAUGAUAAAUGAAGAAAAGCUGUAGAGGAAAAUGUCUGUAAUCCACAAAUUGUUUCUCCAUCUUCUAAAAAAGGGCAGAAGAGUCAAAUUAUUCUCAUAAUUAAAGUGCCUAUAGUACAAAUCGGUUUUUCUAACCUUUCAGUAGAGUAAAACCACUCAGAUUUUUUUUUUAACUCUUUCUAUACUGAAAACAUUUAUUUUAUUAGUGCUAAUUUAUUGUUCUCUCAAAGGUGUACCACUAAGCAUUAGAGAUGCACAGUAAAAUGCUUUCCUGUCACAUAAGCAUUUUAAAUUUGGAGUCUCCUCCUCCAGAUGAGAACAGAAUAUCCCUAUCUUGAGUUUUGAAGCAGAAGUAGCCCCCACGCAAUCAAUUUGGUUCAGGUGAAAAUUUUUGCUUGGAUAAAAUCAAUGAGAGAUGUUUCAAGGUUGAUGUUCAAAUAUUCAAGUGUUCAAAAAUAUGCAGAAAAUGUAAGAAAAAAUUAUUUCACGCCAAGAAAUAGAAUCUAGAUGUCAAUAAAGAGAGCUUUGAUGACUUUAAAACUCAAAAGUAGGUAUGGGGAAUUUGGUCAGAACUGAUUUUUCCCCAUAUAUUUCAGACUGGGGAACAGCUCGGUUAUGAAAGAACUGCUCAUUUCUCAUAACAAAAUUCUCUUUAAAAGAAACUCCUGCUAUCCUGAGAGAUGCCCAAUCUAUUCAGCAAAUGGCUGUGCUGAAGUGAACAGGAAUAAAUCAUUGAGUAAAAUUGCAAGAUCAAACCACUGAAUUAUAUGAAUCAUUUAAUCUUACUGAAUACUGGAAAUUGCAAGACACCAAUUGUAGUUGUUAACUGCAUGCAUGGGAGAUAUAUUUUGUCAAAAUUGAGAUUAAGAAACCAGGGACCAAAAGUUCAUAGAGCUCUAGAAAACAAAAAUAUUUCAGAGAACUCACUUAAAAGUUAUUGUAAUAUGAGUAAUCCAUGCCAUAAACAUGUAACACUAUAAUUCUUAUAAUCUAGAUAUAUAUUUUUUAAUAGAUGGCCAGCUGAUACGGAUAAAUCUUUCCCAAGUUUCAGGUCUGAAGCUGUUUGCAACAAAAAGGUAUGAUUGCAUCUGCAGAUAGAAAGUUCAGAGAAAAUUAUUUCAGUGCUUAAGGAAGAUGGGAGAGAGAGACAUUCUUUUGUUAUCAGUCACAACUAAAGAGCAAGUAAUUAAUUUAUAUUAAAAAAUAAUAAUAACAAAAAGCAGUAAUUACUCCAAGGAUAAAAAUGGAUGUAUAAUCAUCCAUUUAUUAGAAACAAGCUUGUGAAUUUCCACAUCAGCCUGGAAAUACCUCUCCCUUUGAUUACUUAAUCUGCUCUGGUUGAGUUCUCUGUCAAUUCUACCUGUGAAGAUAAAAGUUCAUUGCUUUUCCAGUCUCCUACCUCUGACCAUUUCUUUUGGUUCUUCCCCUGAUGCCUCUUUCUGACCUAAUUUAAGUUCAAAGCCUCAAUUAAUGAAGUAUGAAAGUAUUAUGCCUAUUAAAGUCUAUUCUUAAAAUGCCAUUUAGCAGGUCAAACACAAUAGAUCAAAGGAGGAAAAGGGGUCCAAUGGAAAGCAUAGUAAUUCAAAGACAUUCCUAUUUUGUCUUUUUUGUGGUUUUGUUCAUAAUCAGUAUUUUUUUUUUUUCCUUUCUCUAAUAAAAGUAGGGCAAAAGACUGUAAAAAA